GUGAGAGGCUCGUUACGGCGGCGGAAGCAGCGGCGCUGGGCAGAGGGGUGGGGGACCGAGUGCUAGCGCCUCGGCGGCGGCGGCGGGUCCUGGAGCCCGAGGACGUCGGCUCCGCAGGCGGAGAGCGCACGGGAACCAGCUCGAGGCGGCAAGGCGGCCACUCGGCGCAGCACUCAGGUGGAAAUGAGUUCUCAACAGUUUCCUCGGUUAGGAACCCCUUCCACCGGGCUAAGCCAGGCUCCUUCACAGAUAGCCAACAGUGGUUCUGCAGGAUUGAUAAACCCAGCUGCCACAGUCAACGAUGAAUCUAGUCGCGAUGCUGAAGUCACUGCCAGGGAGCACAUGGGUUCCAGCAGCUCCCUACAGUCCCGUGAAGAGAAGCAAGAGCCUGUUGUGGUAAGGCCUUAUCCACAGGUGCAGAUGUUGUCUACACACCAUGCUGUUGCAUCGGGCACACCUGUCACAGUGACAGCCCCACCAGCCCAUCUGACGCCAGCAGUGCCACUCUCAUUUUCGGAGGGACUUAUGAAGCCGCCCCCGAAGCCCACCAUGCCUAGCCGUCCCAUUGCUCCUGCUCCACCUUCUACCUUGUCACUUCCCCCCAAGGUUCCAGGGCAGGUUACCGUUACCAUGGAGAGUAGCAUCCCUCAAGCUUCAGCCAUUCCUGUGGCAACAAUCAGUGGACAACAGGGACAUCCCAGUAACCUGCAUCACAUCAUGACUACCAACGUACAGAUGUCUAUCAUCCGCAGCAACGCUCCUGGGCCCCCUCUUCACAUUGGAGCUUCUCAUUUGCCUCGAGGUGCAGCCGCUGCUGCUGUGAUGUCCAGUUCUAAAGUAACCACGGUCCUGAGGCCAACUUCCCAGUUGCCAAAUGCCGCCACCGCUCAGCCAGCAGUACAGCACAUCAUUCACCAACCAAUCCAGUCUCGUCCACCUGUGACCACCUCUAACACCAUCCCUCCUGCUGUGGUAGCAACUGUGUCCGCCACCAGAGCCCAGUCUCCGGUCAUUACUACAACAGCAGCCCAUGCCACUGAUUCCGCACUCAGUCGGCCGACUCUGUCUCUCCAGCAUCCACCAUCUGCAGCAAUUAGUAUUCAGCGUCCUGCCCAAUCACGGGAUGUGACAACAAGAAUCACUCUGCCCUCUCACCCUGCUCUGGGGACACCAAAACAGCAGCUCCAUACCAUGGCUCAGAAAACGAUCUUCAGUACGGGCACACCAGUGGCUGCGGCAACAGUAGCACCAAUUUUGGCAACGAACACCAUUCCUUCAGCCACCACAGCCGGAUCUGUGUCACACACACAGGCACCCACGAGUACAAUUGUUACCAUGACAAUGCCCUCCCAUUCAUCCCAUGCUACGGCCGUGACCACCUCAAACAUCCCGGUUGCUAAGGUGGUGCCUCAGCAAAUCACACACACUUCUCCUCGGAUCCAACCUGAGUACCCUGCAGAGAGGAGUAGCCUGAUUCCCAUUUCAGGACACCGAGCCUCUCCAAAUCCUGUGGCCAUGGAAACCCGAAGUGACAAUAGACCGUCUGUUCCUGUUCAGUUCCAGUACUUUCUGCCAACGUACCCACCUUCAGCAUACCCGCUGGCUGCUCACACCUACACCCCCAUCACCAGCUCUGUGUCCACCAUUCGACAAUAUCCAGUUUCAGCUCAGGCUCCCAACUCUGCCAUCACAGCUCAGACUGGAGUUGGGGUGGCGUCCACAGUCCACCUGAACCCCAUGCAGUUGAUGACAGUGGAUGCUUCUCAUGCUCGACACAUCCAAGGGAUCCAGCCAGCCCCCAUCAGUACACAGGGUAUCCAACCAGCCCCCAUCGGGACCCCAGGGAUCCAGCCAGCCCCCAUUGGCACACAGGGAAUUCACCCCGCAACCCCAAUCAGCACACAAGGACUUCAGCCUGCGCCAAUAGGUACCCAGCAGCCCCAGCCUGAAGGAAAGACUUCAGCAGUGGUGUUGGCAGAUGGAGCCACAAUUGUAGCCAACCCCAUUAGCAAUCCAUUCAGCGCUGCUCCAGCAGCAACAACUGUGGUACAGACUCAUAGCCAGAGUGCAAGCACCAACGCUCCAGCCCAGGGCUCAUCCCCACGGCCAAGUAUACUCCGGAAGAAACCUGCCACUGAUGGAAUGGCAGUUCGGAAAACCCUUAUUCCUCCUCAGCCUCCUGAAGUGGCGAGUCCUCGAGUGGAGAGUUCUAUGCGGAGUACGUCUGGGUCACCUAGGCCUGCAGGCAUGCAAAAGUUUCCAGACCAGGAAUUGAACCCGAGCCGAAGAAGUAACAAGGCCGAAUCCUUAACUGCUAGUGCCAAACCCAAGUCAGAAAUCCAUGUAUCUAUGGCCACUCCAGUCACUGUGUCAAUGGAGACCAUAUCCAAUCAAAAUACUGAUCAGCCCACCAUCGCAGUCCCACCCACCGCCCAGCAGCCUCCACCAACCAUUCCAACCAUGAUUACAGCAGCUAGCCCCCCAUCACAACCAGCCGUCGCCCUUCCAACCAUUCCUGGAGCAGUUCCCAUCACUCCACCCAUCACUACCAUUGCAGCUGCCCCUCCACCAUCAGCAGCAGUAGGUGGCAGUCUCUCCUCCGUUUUGGGCCCUCCUGUUCCUGAAAUAAAAGUUAAAGAAGAAGUGGAACCAAUGGACAUCAUGAGACCGGUUUCCGCAGUUCCUCCCCUGGCUACCAACACCGUGUCUCCAUCACUGGCAUUGCUGGCUAACAACCUGUCCAUGCCGACAAGUGACCUACCACCCGGUGCCUCCCCAAGGAAAAAGCCUCGGAAGCAGCAGCACGUGAUUUCAACAGAAGAAGGGGAUAUGAUGGAGACCAACAGCACGGACGACGAGAAGUCCACUGCCAAGAGUCUUCUGGUGAAGGCCGAGAAGCGCAAGUCUCCUCCCAAGGAGUAUAUUGAUGAAGAAGGUGUGAGGUAUGUCCCAGUGCGUCCAAGACCUCCCAUUACUUUGCUCCGACACUAUCGGAACCCCUGGAAAGCUGCUUACCACCACUUUCAGCGGUACAGUGACGUCCGGGUCAAAGAGGAGAAGAAAGCUAUGCUGCAGGAAAUAGCUAAUCAGAAAGGAGUAUCCUGUCGUGCCCAAGGCUGGAAAGUCCACCUCUGUGCCGCCCAAUUGCUGCAGCUGACGAAUCUAGAACACGAUGUUUAUGAACGACUCACCAAUCUACAGGAAGGGAUUAUCCCAAAGAAAAAAGCAGCAACUGAUGAUGAUUUACACCGAAUAAAUGAACUAAUACAGGGAAAUAUGCAGAGGUGUAAACUUGUGAUGGAUCAAAUCAGUGAGGCCAGAGACUCCAUGCUUAAGGUUUUAGAUCAUAAAGAUCGGGUCCUGAAGCUUCUCAACAAGAAUGGGACUGUCAAGAAGGUGUCAAAAUUGAAGCGGAAGGAAAAAGUCUAGACCCCAAAUCAGGUCUUUGGAAACAGAAUUUAUGAAGAAUGACGUUGGGGGUGGGGGGAGGGCCGUGUUUAUUUUCAAAGUGGAACAUUGAAAUAAAGGAAGCGUUCUUUAAUUCACCCGUGCAAGCAGAGGGACCCAUAGCAUCCAGAGACACAGAAGGGUCAGAGCUGAUCUGGCACAGUGGCCUCCAGUCUUUCCUCCAGGCGUCUCCUUCUCCAUGUACUGUGUCAUCCGUGACUCCUGAUGCCUCAGUGUCUCCCACUUGGAAUCAGUGACACAAAUAACUGGCUGGCACUUUUCCGCCUUCCAGUUGCUAAACUGUAUUUAUCUGAUGGAUUCCCGCCGGACCCAUACUGAGCCUGGACUGAAAGUAUCUGCCCGGACCAUCCAUUCUCUCCCUACACUGAAAAUCCAACCUCUUCCCCUCACCCCAUUCGGUUCUCCCUCUGUCUGACCUUCAGAUGCCCACGCUGGCCUUCUAAAGCAGUGCCAUGGCACCAAGAGACCUGCCACAUCUCGCUCUAAAGGGUUGGAACUAUCAAUUCUUAACCAUUUUUUUUUUAACGAACCAUUUCAAAGUGAACUUGUUAUAUUGUCUGUCCUGCGUGUGUCAGAGUUGGGUUUUUGUGGAGGUUCAGAGCAGGCAACAGCACCAAGAUGCUCUGAGAUCCUUGUUCUGAAGUACAUUCUUGGUUACCUGUACUUCUGUAGCUGGUGUGAUGCUGUUAAUUGUCUGUACCGCACAUCUCCAAACGUCAAUAAAAGACUCAAAGAGGUUUUUGUACAUAA